AUGCCAAGAGAUGCGUCGCCUUGCCCUGCCGCCGAGAAGACCCUCCCAGAAAGCGGUGCUGCUCCUGAUAAGGGUGGAUUGGGCCAACUGGCAAGUGGCACUAAGGAGAGCGCUGCCAAGAAGAAGCGCAAAGGUCAGCGGCAGUCGAAAGGAAAGGCAUGCUCGGCACAGCCUAGCGCCAGCUUUUCAUCUUCUCAUCCAAUUAUGAUUGGAUGCUCAGUAGACGAGCUGCCGAUUGCUUCAGAACUGCCACCAGCAAAAGAGGAGCGUAUGAUGCUGAGGGGCACCAACGCUACCCUUGAAACGGCAGUAGGCGCUCAUCUGCCAAGUCACCUUCCAUCUAGCCUUCCUUUCCACUUUCGCCUUGAUGUUUCCAGCAUCAGACUGGCUGGAAAUGGGGGGCAUGUGAAAUAUCCUGAUACGUGGCAGCAGGAUGUUGCAAGCAGCUUGGAAGUGGAAUGGAAAUCUUGCCGAGAGCAGCAGGAACAAGCAUGGCUUGAAGAAGGGAAGCUGCCUCUGGAGAUAACACAGGCCUUAGCUGCCUCCGGUGUCCACACGUGGUCUUUGGUCAGGUGUCUACGGCGACGGCAGGAUAUGAAGUGGGAGUCCAGGAAGUCAGCGGGACCAGGGGAGAUCACACCCAUGAAGGUGCUUAGGCUGGAGCGAGCGCCCGGAGUUCCUUUGCAGAAGCAAGACCUAGAGGAAGUUGGCUUUGAUGGCCUUUGGUGCCAGAUGCUUUAUGACAUCUGCGAUGAUCCCCUUCUGGCAGAGAUGGGCUAUCAGGGGCCAACCCAGUUCGUAGCGUUGUUGCUGGCGUAUGAGUCACCCUUGAACCCAAUGGACUUUCCACUGGAGCAAUUCAGCCGAGAGGUGCGAUUUGCACACAUUGACCAUUUUGAGUUUGCCAUUUGCUGCCCAGCCUCCCCAUACUCCGGGUGUCGAUUCAAAGAACCUCAUAACGGAAUUUGUCGCCUAUUUUGCUUGGAUGUCUCUCCUGGAAGUGAGAGCUUGCAAAAACACAUGAUCGAUGCGCGAGCCGCCCUUACCUGGCUGUUUUGGGAUUGCUUUGACCAGAUGACGAUUCUGGCAACCAUGAGGGCGCAGCCCUUUCUGCUGCCCUUCCGCUGUGAGGUCUCACGGCACCAUGCAGAACGCCAUCGGGAACUGCACAUGCAGGGCCUCCGGGUAGAGGGUUGCGAUGGUGACCUUCUGGCGGCUGUAGAGCUUGCUUUCCAGGAGGCAGCUGCAGAGUACCAUGAGCUCCUUGAAGAAAUAGGCCCUGAUGAGCGGCAUCAUUUACUCCCAAAGCAGUGGUACAGGGCAGUGCACACCAACCGCUGGCCAAUCCAAAUGGAUCUGCACGAUCAGAGCCGCGGUAGCGAGUCCUUCUACACGCGGGUGUCACCUCUCUCAUGUGAACACUUGCAGCUUGCCGCUGUCCAAUGUGUUGGUAUUAUGUUUCAGCAUGAUGAGGCCGACGCAGAUAGGCUGGAAAUCGAGUGUGAACAGAAGCAUAUGGAUUUGACAAUGGACCUGAGCAAGUGGGAAAGCUCGGGAGUGGUGAGUGAGGUUCUGGCUGUGGUUCAGCAGCUCGACGAGGCGGUGCAGUCGCGAAGGACGCGCAACUCUCUCUGGCAGGUCAUGGAGAAAGACAGCUUGGAAGAAGUUGAGGCGAAUCUUGCACAGCUGGCCUAUGGCCUGAGGGCGCUGCAGCGUGCGAGCCUCAAAUUCGAGCUCCGAUCGGUCGGCCUGGCAGUUUUGGAGGCAGAGCGCGCUGAGUCGGACCAUAGCGUCGUGUCGGUGGCGAGCGCCGCCUACCAGGAGAUGAGUUUCUUCAAUUCCAUUCCGUCUACCAGAUCGCAGCAGGUGCAGCGAGUCUUGCUGCUGUCGGCGCCAGAGCGAGUGCUUCAACAGCGGGCUGAAGCCCAAAACCUUCUGCGCACUGUGCUUCCAAAUGGGCAAGACAACCUCCUAUGUGGCGGCUUUGUAGCAAAGCAGUUCGACCGAGGGGGUCCUCUGCAGAGGUUUUGGCUUGAAAGCCGCACUUCACAGUAUUUGUACAGUCCUUACUUCAAGCCGCCCUGCCAAAGCCUAGACCCAUCUGCCUUGCUGUCUCCAGCAGAGCGGACAUAUUUGGUCAAAAGCUUCAUCACAGACCCAAAGCGCUACCUUCUUCUGGAAGAUGGGAAUGUGGAUCUCCGUCAAGGGGGUGCGCAAAUGGACCCCAGGCAGCUCCAGGCCGACAACAUCAUUGAAGGCGGCCUCUUGAGGCUUCACAGCCCUAUGGCGCUGCGGGAGCUGGAGAGUGGUAUUGUCUUUCCUUGGCAAAGUCUCACCUGGCAGGGAUACCUCCGACGAGGCUGCACCUGCAACACGGAGCUGUUGCGGCAGCACUUUGGGCCACAGGUGGCCAGCUAUUUUGACUUCCUGAAUCUGUACUCGCAGUUCUUGCUGAUUGCAGCAAUUUUCGGGCUCAUUGCCUUCUUUGCCCGCAGCCCAAACGAACAUGCGGAUGCCAGCUUUCCCUCCCCUGGCUUUUGGUGGCGGCUGGUUCGCCCCACUGUGGGUGUUGGGAUGUCAGUUUGGGGAAUGGUCUUUUGCAUUGUUUGGCGGCGCCGAGCUGCCUGGUUGACCUACAGCUGGGAUAACGGCUGGACAGAGCAAGCAGAGGAUUUGAAGGGUACCGGUGCUAUGGAAACCACUGGUCGUGUCCGCCCAGAGUUUGCCCUGAGCUGGCGCAAGAACUUCCAGAAAGCUACUCUUCAGAAGCAGCGAAGGGUUCUGAAUAGGUUGAGGAGGCUGUUGAGAGCACCCUACUCUGGUCAGGGUGCCAACUUCUUCACUGACAGGGUGCUCAAAGCGGACAUUUGGCGUUUUGAUGAGGCUUGUUACCAGAGCUAUUGGGUGCAUUUGCGGCGCCAAGUGCUUGCAAGCUGCGUCAGUGUCUUUUUCAUUCUUUUGGCAUGUGGUGCCACCUUUGGUUCACUGGCAAUCAAUGACGAAUUUGAGCUAAACCCCUGGGUGGCCUAUGUCCUCUCAGGCAUGACCUCCAGUGUGCUUGUUCCUUUACUGGGCUAUUGGCACCAGAUCGUGGUCUUGGCCACCAAUGAGUAUCAGCUGUUCCGCUACGACCACGACAAAGAAAGGGACGUGUUCAAUCGGUUGUUUGGGUUCGCACUCUUCAACACUUACAACAGCUUGCUCUGGAUUGCAUUCUACAAACGAAACAUGGACCAACUACAGAUCCAGGUCAUGUUCCUGACGCUGUCUCAUGCACUGGUGAAUAAUGUCGUUGAGUUCUACUCCGCCCUUUGGCGGAAACAGAUUCGAGAAGUGGGUAAGCAAGCUGCAUCACCGCUGCGACACACGCAUUGCUGCUGCAUGCGUCGCUUCCUCUACAUCUUCACUGGGGAUGCAGCCUGUGCUGAAACCCGUAGCACCUGCGUGGAGAAGAUGCUGGAACAGGUUUCUGAGCAGCUGGCGCGGGACAGGACCUUCCAGCUCGUUCAGGAGCUGAUCGAACUGGUGAUUCAGUAUGGCAUGGUAGUUAUGUUCACCUUGGCCUUUCCUCUGACACCUUGCAUUGCACUCUUGGGAUGCCACCUGGAAAAUCGGGUCGAUUGCUACCGGUUAAUUCGACUUGCGCGAGCACCGGAACCUCGUAUGGUUGUGGGGAUCGGCCAAUCCUUCAACGCAUUUCUUGGAGUCACCGGAUUGGGAAUGCUUGUAUCUGGUUUCCUUGUGAACUUCACAUGGUACGAUGCGGAAGAUUGCGUUGAGCACAGCCGCACUUGUAAAACCGUCGUUGAUUUGGUCCUGUCGAAUUUGGGCUUGGAGAAGCAUACGCAGUUGUACAUACUAGCAGCUGGCGAGCAUUGCUUGUUGAUGAUCAUGUUCCUCCUCUACUACUCGGACCCUACGAGUCUUCGCGUGCAGGAGGAGAAGUACCGGCAACAGUUUUUUGAGAAGCGCAUGGCCUUAGAGUUUCAGGAUAUACAAGGCUUGCAGCCCCGUCUGCGCCAGCGCCGCGCGCAUUCUGCUACCAAUGAUGCCGCACCUGCGCUUGAUGCCAAAGAAUACUAA